UCGGCCGAGUCGGCGGGCGGGGGCGGCUUGGCCCAGCCGAUGGGCCGAAUGGUGCCCUUGACGCCAUCCUCGACGUCGCCCAGCGCAUCUUUAGCCGACGAGAGAGCGGCGAAGACGCUGAGCCACUUCUUGGUGAGCAGAGGCGUCUGCACCGAACACACAGACAGACAACCAGAGAGAGUGACGGCUGCAGUGCUCUCGCGUGUGUGUGUGUGUGUGUGGUUGACCUGUGCGGCGACUGUGGUGUUGAAGAACUGCUGCACACCGGCAGCCUCUUGUGCGACCUGCAGGCACCGCACACACACACACAGUGGAUGAGAGCACACCAGCAGUGAGGCCAUUGGGCCUCUCAUGCGCCCCGUGCCUGAUCUAUGUGUGUGUGCAGCGAUGCGAUGCGCUCCUCCAAACGAACCAAACGAACCAAACCCUCAAUAAAGGACUGCAGCAAACACACACAAUCAGUGAUGGACGUGCUGUGUGCUCUUUUGAGUGAAUGCGUUCGCUUGUCAGCGCGUUGCUCACCGGGGUGUUCUCAUUUGCAGCGGCCGAGUCGCCACCUUGUGUGUGGGGACGCUUCGGCUCUCCUUCAACACUCAU